CCUUCACCAUCCAUCCAUGUGGUUGACCCCACAUUCAGAUGGAACAGCACAAGCACAAUACUUUUUCAGCAAACCUGUGGUUGAGCUUAUAUUGAAGAACUUACGUUCACUUGGAAUCCAAAGCAUCAUCUGCAUUGGGUGCCCCAGUCUCCUUGAGGCCGCCCAAAGCAAUACAUUGCUAUUGGACAUUGAUGAAAGAUUUCAUAACUUCUGGAGCCAGGAUUCCUUCCUUCACUACAACAUGUACAAUCACUGGUUUUUCCAUGAUGGAGACAGACAAAGAUUCUUGGAUUGGCUGCAAAGGCAAAAUUCCCAGCGCUUGGCCAUCGUCAUCGAUCCUCCGUUUGGAGGCCGACUGGAUGCUCUCGGUCACAGCGUUCAUCGCCUCCUGAAGGACUGUCGAGAGUGUGGGGUGCCAUCCACA